AUGUCACAGGCUGCUGGUGAUAUGGUUAAUGAACGAUUGUUAAUAGAAAAGUUAGAAAGCGUAGGAGUAUUCAAACUUGGAAGCUUCACUCUGAAGAGUGGUCAGAUAACUCCUAUUUACAUUGAUUUGCGAGUUAUCUUCACAUCACCCGAAGUGCUAGAAUUUACAGCGAAAUGCGUGUGUGAUGUAAUUGAAAUGAGGGAUUUAAAAUAUGAUUAUAUUGUCGGCGUGCCAUAUGCAGCACUUCCACUCUCUACGGGUAUUUAUGAACCAGGAAAACGCGCACUAAUAAUUGAAGAUGUUGUGACUUCAGGUGGAAGUAUCUUAGAAACAGUAGUUUCAUUGCGCAAUGAAGGUUUGGUUUGUGACGAAGCCAUAUGCGUCUUAGAUCGAGAGCAAGGUGGUCCAGCCUAUCUUUUAGCUGAAGGAACCACUUUAUAUAGUUUAUUGAAUAUGAACAAAAUACUCGAUUUUCUGAUUGAUGUUGGCACAAUUACACGCAAAAAGAAAGAAGACAUUUUAUAUCAGUUGACACUUCCACCACCACUUACUAUAGAGAAUGUUGAUUAUAAUGGUGAAUGGUCAUUAAAAUCAAGAAGAGAUUCUACGCAAAAUCCUUUCAAUAAAAAGAUGUUCGACAUAAUGAAUAGGAAAAAAACUUGCCUUUGUCUUGCAAUCGACAGUACUGAUUGUAAUCAAAUUUUGCAAAUCCUUGAGAAGACAGGCGAUUAUAUAUGUGCUGUUAAGCUUCAUGCUGAUGUGAUCGAAAACUUCACACCUGAUUUCGUACAAAAACUUGUAGCAAUGGCUGACAGUGGCGAUUUCAUCAUUAUGGAAGACAGAAAAUUUGCUGAUAUCGGUCACACGGUAAAUUUACAAUUAACCAAGGGCCCCUUUAAAAUAGCUUCAUGGGCACAAGUUGUCACGGUGCAUGCACUUUCUGGGCAGUCUGUUCUAAACAUCAUACGCAAGGUUAUUAAUGGAUCAACUACUAAACUCGUCAGUUCCUUAUUAGUUGUAGAAUUAAGUUCUGAAGGAGCUUUUACGAAUUCGAACGAAUAUUUAAAAGCUGCAUUGGACUUGGCAAAAAACAAUGGAGAUAUUGUUAGUGGAUUUAUGUGUCAAAAGCGUUGUGCUAAUAUACCAGGUUUUCUACACUGGACUGCAGGUGUGCAUAUGGAUGCAGUAAGUGAUGGGAUAGGUCAAAAUUGGCGUACAAUCGAAAAAGCAAUCAGUGGAGAUGGAAAUGACAUAGUAGUCGUAGGAAGAGCAGUCACUGACGUACCAGAUAUCAAUACUCAAAUACGUCGUUAUCGUGAUGCAGCAUGGGAAGCAUUCAUCAGCAGACAACAAAAACAUUGUUAA